AUGAUUGAAGAUUGUGGGAAAAGAGGAAAUACCAUGGCAGAGAGAAGGCAGCUGUUUGCAGAAAUGCGGGCUCAGGAUCUGGAUCGCAUCCGUUUGUCCACCUACCGAACAGCCUGCAAGCUCAGAUUUGUUCAGAAGAAAUGCAACUUGCACCUGGUGGACAUCUGGAACGUGAUAGAAGCCCUGCGGGAGAACGCACUGAACAACCUGGACCCCAACAUGGAGCUGAACGUGGCUCGCCUGGAAGCUGUGAUCUCAACCAUCUUCUACCAGCUCAACAAACGGAUGCCAACCACCCACCAGAUCAACGUGGAGCAAUCCAUCAGCUUACUGCUCAACUUCUUGCUAGCAGCCUUUGAUCCGGAAGGACAUGGUAAGAUUUCCGUUUUUGCUGUCAAAAUGGCCUUGGCAACUCUUUGUGGAGGAAAGAUCAUGGACAAAUUAAGAUAUAUUUUCUCAAUGAUUUCUGACUCCAGUGGAGUGAUGGUUUAUGGCAGGUACGACAUGUUUCUGCGGGAGGUUCUCAAGCUGCCCACAGCUGUUUUCGAAGGGCCUUCGUUUGGUUACACUGAGCAAUCAGCAAAAUCCUGUUUCUCACAACAGAAAAAAGUCACAUUAAACACUUUCUUGGAUACUCUCAUGUCUGACCCCCCGCCCCAGUGUCUAGUGUGGUUACCACUACUGCAUCGACUGGCAAAUGUUGAAAAUGUCUUCCACCCCGUGGAGUGUUCCUACUGCCACAGUGAGAGCAUGAUGGGCUUUCGCUACCGCUGCCAGCAGUGUCACAAUUACCAGCUCUGUCAGGACUGCUUCUGGAGGGGCCAUGCCAGCGGUUCCCACAGCAACCAGCACCAAAUGAAAGAGUACACGUCAUGGAAAUCACCUGCUAAGAAGCUAACUAAUGCACUUAGCAAGUCUUUAAGCUGUGCUUCCAGCCGUGAACCUUUGCACCCAAUGUUCCCUGACCAGCCUGAAAAACCUCUAAACCUGGCUCAUAUUGUAGAUACUUGGCCCCCUCGACCUGUAACCAGCAUGAAUGACACACUCUUCUCCCACUCUGUUCCCUCAGGAAGCCCUUUUGCAAACAGAAGGUUGCUGGGGGGUGUAAGUGCAGCCAGUCCUGUGGCUGAUGAGCAUUCUCUUAUAAAGCUGUAUGUAAAUCAGCUUCACAACAACUCACGCUCUCCUUCCAAGAAUACUGAAGUAGAGCAGAGCAAACUUCUGGCUAGGGCUGCUCCAGCUUUCUUGAAGGGCAAAGGGUUACAGUACAGCCUCGAUGUUGCAGACAGGCUGGCCGAUGAACAUGUUCUCAUCGGGUUGUAUGUCAACAUGCUGCAGAGCAGCCCCGCACGCGUGCUCGACAGCGCAAGCCGCCUGGAUGAAGAACAUAAGCUGAUCGCCAGGUACGCAGCAAGGCUGGCAGCAGAAACUUCUUCAUCACAGCAGCAGGGUCAGCAGAGAGGAGCAUCAGAUAUCUCCUUCACCAUUGAUGCAAACAAACAACAAAGGCAGCUGAUUGCAGAGCUGGAAAAUAAAAACCGAGAAAUCCUACAGGAGAUCCAGAGGCUGCGGCUUGAACAUGAGCAAGCAUCUCAGCCCACACCAGAGAAGGCACAACAAAAUCCCACUCUCCUUGCAGAGCUCAGGCUCCUGAGACAGCGGAAGGAUGAGCUGGAACAGAGGAUGUCUGCUCUCCAGGAAAGCCGGAGGGAGCUUAUGGUUCAGUUAGAAGGCCUCAUGAAACUGCUGAAGGAAGAAGAAUUGAAACAGGUAACCCAAGGGGCUGGCUCUCCACGUUCCUCACCCAGCCACACGAUCAGUCGACCGAUUCCAAUGCCCAUCAGGUCUGCCUCUGCCUGCUCCACCCCAACCCAUGCACCUCAGGACUCUCUGACCGGAGUGGGAGGAGAUGUGCAGGAAGCCUUUGCACAAAGUGCAAGGAGAAACUUAAGAAAUGAUUUGCUGGUGGCAGCAGAUUCAAUCACCAACACCAUGUCUUCUUUGGUAAAGGAACUAAAUUCUGAAGUGGGCAGCGAGACAGAGAGCAAUGUGGAUUCUGAGUUUGGGAGGACUCAUUUUGAUGACCUGGUUCCAUCCCCCACGUCUGAGAAGGCUUUCCUGGCACAGAUCCACGCCCGGAAGCCAGGGUACCUGCACAGCGCGGCUGCCACCGGCUCCCUCCGCAGUGACAUGGUUACAGAAGAUGGAGACCCCUACGUCAGAGCAGAUGAUGAAAACUACGAGAACGACUCCGUCCGCCAGCUGGAGAAUGAACUGAAAAUGGAGGAGUACCUGAAGCAGAAGCUGCAGGAUGAGGCAUACCAGGCAAGCUGCAGUCAGACAGACAACGAGAGCUACGUGAGAACUGACGAUGAGGAGAGCUGCAGUCGCACAGACGACGAAGGAAACUCAGCUGCGGACUUGACCGAAGAGUGGAACCAAGAGGUGCAGCGUCUCUUGACACACAAAAAAAACAACAAAAAAAAUAAUCCCAUGACUAAGUUCUGA